UUCAUCCAGACUGCAGGGGGGACCAGGGUCCCGCUGGGUUUGGCCCAAGAAGCCGGCAGCAUCAGGUCGACCAGAAAUAGGGAGGCUGCUGGGGCACAGGGCUUGCUCCGGGCACAGGCUUGCUCCGGGGCUGAGGUUCUGCACAGGUCUGCGACCCUGUCCUUUCCACACAUUCACUCGGGGGGAUUCUUGGUGGUGAUCUCAGCCAAGGAAAACACGUGUCUCUUUCUGUGCUUACACCACCAGGUCGUCGGUGUGGCCCAGGCCAUCAACAAGAAAUCUGCUAGUGGCGGGACCUUCACAGAGAAGGACGAGAAGGACUUUGCUGCCUACCUGGCGUUCUGCGGCAUCGUGCUUCACAAUGCCCAGCUCUACGAGACUUCGCUCCUGGAGAACAGGAGGAACCAGGUGCUGCUGGACCUGGCCAGCCUGAUUUUUGAGGAGCAGCAGUCACUAGAGGUGAUUCUGAAGAAGAUAGCGGCCACCAUCAUCUCCUUCAUGCAGGUCCAAAGCUGCACCAUCUUCAUAGUGGACGAAGACUGCCCCGACUCCUUUUCUAGCGUGUUUCACAUGGAGUGUGAAGAGGCAGAAUCCUCGGAUACCUUGGCAAGGAGGCCUCCAGCUCGGCUCCAGGCUUCGGAAGCUGGGGGUUGUUGGAGCGCACACUUCAGGCCGCGGCGGCUCGGUCAUAACAGGAGCCCGGACGACGCGCUGCAGACUGAGAUGCUGAAGCGCUGUGGGAGCUGUCUCUUCCACACAUGUGAGCCAGUGACCGCCAGUGACCCCCAAGGCGGGGGUGUUCAGCCAAGGUGCAGGCAGCGAGAUGCUGGCAAAAUCAACUACAUGUACGCUCAGUACGUCAAGAACACCAUGGAGCCGCUCAAUGUCCCCGACGUCAGCAGGGACCAAAGGCUGCCCUGGACGAAGGAAAACACAGGAGCCGUGAGCCAGCAGCACAUUACCAGUUUGCUCUGUACCCCCAUAAAAAAUGGGAAGAAGAAUAAAGUCAUAGGGGUUUGCCAGCUCGUCAACAAGAGGGACGAGAGCACGGGCGAGGCCAGGCCUUUCAGCCGCAGCGACGAGCAGUUCCUCGAGGCCUUUGUCAUCUUCUGUGGCUUGGGCAUCCAGAACACGCAGAUGUACGAGGCGGUGGAGCGGGCCAUGGCCCAGCAGAUGGUCACGUUGGAGGUCCUGUCCUACCAUGCCUCGGCGGCUGAGGAGGAGACCAGGGAGCUGCAGGCCCUGGCGGCUGCCGUGGUGCCAUCAGCCCAGACCCUCAAGAUCACAGACUUCCACUUCAGUGACUUCGAGCUGUCGGACCUGGAGACGGCCCUGUGCACGGUCCGGAUGUUCACUGACCUCCGCCUCGUGCAGCGCUUCCAGAUGAAGCAUGAGGUGCUGUGCAGGUGGGUCCUGAGUGUGAAGAAGAACUACCGGAAGCAUGUGGCCUACCACAACUGGAGGCACGCCUUCAACACUGCCCAGUGCAUGUUCGCUGCCCUGAGAGCCGGCAAGAUCCAGAACAAGCUGACCGACCUGGAGGUCCUGGCGCUGCUGAUCGCCGCGCUGAGCCACGACCUGGAUCACCGCGGCGUGAACAACUCCUACAUACAGCGGACAGAGCACCCGCUGGCCCAGCUGUACUGCCACUCCAUCAUGGAGCACCACCACUUCGACCAGUGCCUGAUGAUCCUCAACAGCCCGGGCAAUCAGAUUCUCAGCGGCCUCUCCGUUGAAGAAUACAAGGCCGCGCUGAAGGUGAUCAAGCAAGCCAUCCUGGCCACAGACCUGGCGCUGUACAUCAAGAGGCGAGGGGAAUUUUUUGAACUCAUAAGAAAGAACCAAUUCAACCUGGAAGACCCUCAUCAGAAGGAGUUGUUUCUAGCAAUGCUGAUGACGGCCUGCGAUCUUUCUGCAAUCACAAAACCCUGGCCCAUCCAGCAACGGAUAGCAGAACUGGUAGCAACUGAAUUUUUUGACCAAGGAGACAGAGAGAGGAAGGAACUCAACAUCGAGCCCACCGAUUUGAUGAACAGGGAGAAGAAGAACAAGAUCCCCAGCAUGCAGGUCGGGUUCAUCGACGCCGUCUGCCUGCAGCUCUACGAGGCCCUGACCCACGUGUCGGAGGACUGCCGGCCCUUGCUGGAGGGCUGCCAGAGGAACAGGCAGAAGUGGCAGGCCCUGGCAGAGCAGCAGGAGAAGACGCUGGUCAACGGGGAGAGCGGCCAGGCCAAGCGGAACUGAGGGGCUGUUGGCGCGGCGUGGAGACUCCGAGGCACCUCUGGGAGCCCCAGCCCACUGUGCGCCGAGCAGACCGUCCACACUUGGCCACUGCUGUGUUCUUGUUUCUGCACGGCUUUCGAGAGCACCAUGACGUGUUUUCAGGGGACGUUUCCACAGGUUCUGGGCAUGUCUGUGCCGCGGGAAGCCCACGGCCAGGUGGGGCUGUGUGUGCUGGGGGGUGUGGGUGCCGCUCUGCCGCUGCUUCCUGCCUGGGUUUAUGAGAACCGGCUCCCGUGGUUGGGAGUCUUGCUUGUCUCAAGAGGCCGGGAGGACAGUGUGUGAGCCCUGGUGGGCCUGCUGGGGGCCAGGUGGGGUUAGGAGGAACAAGGGUCUGCUCAGGUGGAAAGAGUGUGAGGCCGCAUCGCAAGGAAAAUGCAUCCACUGACCUGCUGCUUUGUGAAAGAAUGGGGGUGGGGCUUGGCCAUCCCCCCAGGACCCCCAGCAAGGGCCGCCCGUCUCACCUGCAGGGGUCAGCAGGUCAGCGGAGAAGCCCCAUUCCACCACCAGCCAAACACAUGCCGUGGGAGGUCCUGCUGAGAAGCAGUUUUGAAAUCUGAACUUUUGAAAAUAAUCUUGUCCUCUUCCACGUCCUUCCAAACCACACCUAGAUCCCAACGUGAUUGUUGGAGCGCUGACCUGGAGGGACACCGGGCUCCAGGACGGAGCUCCGUCUCUCUUCCUUCAGUCUGUCAGGUGGACCCUGGAGGAGAGUUGGACUGUGUCGGCAGCAGGGCUCUGAUCCGGAGCUGUGGGCAGAGCUGAGGGAGCAGGAAGGGCGCCUCCGCCCAGUGAGGUCAGGAGCACCGCGGCUGAGAAGCUGCGGUCAGCUCACAAGGCGAGCAGGGCCUGAGCACGAGGCCUGGGCACUGCCCUCGGCCCGCAGUGCGGGUGGCCCUGCAGCUCCCAGUCAGUGCACACCCUCCUGGGGUUUGAGCCCACCUCAGCGUGCCCCUGAGUUCCCGCUGGCCCAGCGUUGGGGGAGUGGACAGUGGAGCAGGUGGCACCCGAGAGGAACUCUGCCCCAUGCGUGCGGAGACCUUUGGAUCUGGGGGGAGCAGGAGGAGAGACUUGGCCUGUCAGCGUCCACCUGCGUUAGUCAGGUUUGCUGUGACCAGAACAGCUGACGAGGACCACAGAAAGGAGCUCCGGGUUCAGUCCGUGGUGACCGCUUCGCUGCCCUGAGCCUGGUAGAGGAGGCACUUAUCUCCCUGCAGCUGGGAAGGGGGCAGGGGCCGUGGUGGAGAAGCACCCUUGGGGCAGCCCCAUGACCCACCUCCUCCACCACACCCCACCCACAGUCGCCCCCAGUGGGUCCCUUCCAGCCAGGGCGGCUCUCACCACCUGGUCUCUUCUCCUCUGCAUGCUCCUGCCCCGACGGGAGCUCUGAGCACCUCCCGUGACCCGCAGCACACCCUCCCACUUUCUUACAGGGAGGGGAAGUGUCUGCUCUGGGUAGCUGUCACUAAGGUGGACAGGAGCCCUGGGUGUGGGUGUGCCGCGGCCUCAAGGUCUUUCAGUGCUCUUGACUCCUGUUCACAUCCUCUAACGCCCUAAAACUCAGCGUGUUCCCCUUAGUGCUGUGCGUGCGUGUGUGUGUGUGUGUGUGUGUGUAUGUGUGAGCCCCCGGCUCUAUUCCUGCCAUUCAAGUCCAGAGAAGAGGCAGGAUAAAGUGUGGCCAUCACUGCACUGUGAGGCGCGUCCAGGGAGCUCUAGCUGGUGUUGCGGACCUGGACCUUCAGAAUGUUUUAUUUCAUGUCACAGGUGAAAUCUAACAUUGCCUCUUGGUGGCACUGGAGUGUGAAUUACACAGACUCACCAGCAAUCGUCGUGUCUGCACACUGAACGCACCUGUGCACGCGUGCAUGAUUCUCUAGGGUAGACUCUCUGACAAGCUUCAUCACACACCUGUUAUGCCAAAAUACAGAGCCGCCCACUCUCGGGCAGUGUGCUCAGGCCCCUCUGGCGUGUGCCGCGAGACAACGCCGAUUCUGCGUGGAGGGUUUGGAUGUGUGUUUCAACAAGAAGGAGAUGCAUUCAGCUUAGGCGUUGGUUUGUUCUUAGAUAGCAGCUUAUUUUGUGUCACUGGUUUGGACCGUGAAGGAAGUUAGGCAGGGCCAGGCUCCAUGUCGCUGCCGACACUGCAGCUCCGAGGCACCCCUGUGUCUGCAGGGCACGUCCUGGCUCCGCGUCCCCACUGGUGGGAACCAGUGGCAGAUGGGGACUGCUGCCUGGGGGCAGGGCACAGAUCAGUUUUUCUUCUGUGAAAGUUUCCUGUCCAGGAUCUUCAGGCUGGAGACAGAAACAGUCCCCCUCACCCCACCCUGUAUUCGUGGUUGCUGGGUUGGUUGGUCACAGCAGAGCAGGGUGAUGCCACUCCGCCUCGGGGUCAGCCGAGCAGUCCCGAGCUUUACUGGCGGGGCCAAGGGUGUCUGUGAAGCUCCUCCCCCUAUUCUCGAGCCCUGGCAUUGCAGGCACCGCCCGCGUGCAUUCAGGGCGCACUUGCCCUGAGCCUGGGGAGGGCAAGGACACAGCCCCCCCGUGCCACAGGCCUCAGCCCACAGGUCCUUCUCACUUGCGUUUCCAAGAUGGAGAAGCCAAGGACGCACUGCUCCCCUGCCGGUCCCCUAAACGCCUCACCUGGGCACAGACCAGCUCCUGGCCACCAUCGGUGGGCGGUCUCCCUGUGAGCGGUGCUGGAGCUGGGGGAGCAGUCUGGAGCCAGGUCCCUGGAGGGAGCUGCGUCCCCAGCUCCUGCCGGUGCAGUGCCUUUCCCUCGGCAGGUGGCACAGGGCACACCUGGCCCAGAGCGGCCCAGGCUCUGGCUCCUGCUGUGUUUCAACAGGACUGAAUCAGACGCAGCGGCCGCCGUCCUCUCCUGCGGCCUGCGGGGGUGGCUCGGAAGGAGGUGUGUCGGGCUGAGCCUGUGCCCGGGUAGGAAGGGACACCACAGGGCCCGUCACUCCUCCCGUGCCCGGGCUUUUCCUCACCCCAGGCCUGCGCAGGGCCCUUCAGUGCGUGUCCUGCGUCCUCGUCCUGUGACAGCCUGGGGAGCAGCCAGGCAAGAGCAGCGUCUGCCCCCGCGCUGGCCAGGCUGUCGCGGCUGUGAACUGGGCAGUGCCGACCUCUGCUCAGGGGGCCCUCCCACACCUCCGAAGGCCCCCGUGGACACGUCCUUGAAUGUAGCCGGAAGCCAUGGGAUCGUAAAACUGUGGAUUGGUCCUGCAGCUUGGGAGAGGAGCCCGAGUCCCACAGCCACUGCCCCUGCCUGUUUGUACCUUAGGCCUUUUCACUAUAUCUGAACAAAUAUAUAGUUUCUGACACUAUUUUUAUACUAGGACGAGGGAGUCACUGUGUACCUCAUGUUUAGCUUUGUAAUCUUGGUCACUGUCCUCUCCCACCCCUGAGCCACCCAGUGGCUCUUCUGUGCCACUCACCACCUCUGGCAGCUGUGAGGCCACCAGCCGGCCAGGGAGGCUCCUGCACUGUGCAGACCCUCCCAUCUGCUUCCUCCAGUUGCCCUGCUUUGCAAAAUAAAGAAUGAACUGGUCCAUGA